AUCAGGAAAACUGAAAAGACUUAGUAUUGCUUGUUGCUAUGGUAUGUUAUGUGACGGGUCGGUUGAAGCAGUUCAAAAGCUCCCAUUGUUAGAGGAGCUUAGUCUGACGCACACUGAUAUCACCACAGAGGGAAUUGAAGCUCUUGGACGCUCUUGCCCACGGUUGACGUCCUUUAAAUUGAAUAACUCAUGUUAUAUGGGAUCAGGUGAUGACUUUGGUGAAGGAGAUUUUAGAAACGAAGAGGCUCUAGCUAUUGCUAAGAACUUGCCUGCCUUACAGAACCUUCAGCUCAUUGGGAAUACUAUGACAAAUGAAGGCCUCCUAGCUAUUCUUGAUGGCUGUCCUCAUCCUGUAUCACUUGACCUGCGGCUGUGCAAAAAUGUUAGCCUCAAUGAAGUCUUGAGUAGUAGAAUUUCUGGACAAAUUAAAGAUGUGAAGCACCCUGGUGACUCUCUGAAAGGUUUUGAAUUUUCAUUUGAUACUUGUGGGGAUGAAGAUGAGAUGUCGGAUGACAUGUCAGAUUAUUAA